GUAAUCCCAUCACUCGCUCUAUCACCAAAGAUCCUCACUACGCCGCUGCCCUCGCGGCUUCUCUGCUUGCUGCAUCAUUCAUUGUCAACACCUCAAUCGUCUGCCCGCGUCCACCAACGCUCCUGCCAGCGGGGCCAGUGGAUCGGCAGCAGGGGCCAGUGGAUCGGCAGCAGGGGCCAGUGGAGUGGAUCGGCAGCAGGGGCCAGUGGAUCGGCAGCAGGGGCCAGUGGAUCGGCAGCAGGGGCCAGUGGAUCGGCAGCUGGGGCCAGUGGAUCGGCAGCAGGGGGAAAACGGUUGGCGCAGAAAGGGACGAAGCCGCCCAAGCCAGCCAAAGGUGCCACGUCAGCGCCACCCAUGCCCGCGUCAGCAGCUGACGUGGCGACGCAGCAGCGGCUGCUCGAGCUGGGAGGGGCGAUGAUUCAGCGGAACGCGCAGAGGGAGGGGGGGCUGCCAUCAGGUGAAGAGUGUGGAGGCGAAGGCGGAGCUGGAGGCGGAAUGCGCCUUUCCCUCAGCGGCCCUGUCAUUUUCUCAUACCUCAGCGCCACUGCUGCUGCUGCUUCAGCUUUGUCACGUCACUCCCACAAGCGGGUGUUGAUUGGGGUGGUAUGGGAAGAGGAGUGGCAUAGGGAAAUGAGUUCUUUCUCCUCUCCUUCUACUAUGUUCCUCCCUCAUCUUACAGACUACCAAAGAAUAGACGGUGAUGAGCACUUGAAUGCUCUACUUCAAGCCUGCCCCAUCCCGCCGGAGAUAUACGAGGACUUUGCUGCGGAUGACUUUGAGGAAGUCAGGAUCAAUAUCGAGGAGGUAUGCAGGUACCAGCAGGAGCUGGAGGGGGGCACCUUUUUUGUGAGUGAAGGAGGGUGGCACCUGUUUGAGAGAGGGAGGGGUGGCCCGUUAUGUUGCACGUGCAUGAAGUUGGGGGAGGGGAUGAGAGAGGCAGGGGGGGAUAAAAUCCAGGCGGCCUUUGCUACAUUGCAACAGCAGGUGGAGCUGCGGCUGCUCGAGCUGGGAGGGGCGAUGAUUCAGCAGAACGCGCAGAGCGAGGGGGGGCUGCCAUCAGACUUCAGUGAAAAGGGCGGAGAUAGGAUGAAAAAAUUGUGUGUUCUGCACACAGCCUACACCGACGUGAUCGUUGGACUUGAGGGUCGGUCCGCCUUUGCUGAAGAGACAUUUGAGGACGCCCGUGACAGGUUCGAGGAGAUUGCACAUCUGCUGAGUGCUCGGGAGAAAAAAAUGAAAUCUGAUAUGGGGCGGGUGGCGGAGGAAGAGCGGUUGCGCAGAACCACGGCGGAGAAUACGGUCGCGAACUUGCAAGCACUUGUGAAGUUGUUGCAGGACGAGCGAGAUGCUGUGGCAAAGAAGCUGUGGGAAAAUGACGAUGUGAAGUUGUCUGAGCUGGCGGGGACACAGAGGUCGCUCAUAGAGGAGCUGCAGAGGACGGUCAAGUGGUUGACUGGGGAGGCGGAGAACUCGAGCACGGAGCUGGAGAGUUCGAGGGAGAGAUGGAGGAGGGAGAAGGAAGAAAUGGAGAGGAAUCUGGCGGAUGAGAGAGAGGAGGCGGAACAUUCGCUCGAGAGCGCGACUAGGAGGCACCAGGAGGCAGAAGGCAAGCUGGGAGGAGCGUUGAAGGAGGUGGAGCACCUGAAAGGGCUGCUGGGCAGCACUUUGGGGCAGCUGGAAGAGAGUCAGAGGCAGUGUUCUGAGAGGGAUGCUCAGGUGGAGCUGACGAGCACGCAGCUGGCGGAGGUGCGCGCUCAGCUGGCUGCGAUUAGCGAUCAGCUGGACGAGAAGGACGCCCGACUGAAGGCAGUGACCGAGCAGCGAGAUCUCUUUCAAGAGGUGUUCGAGAAUGAGAGUCACACAGUCGGCCACUCCUCCUUCCACCUGGUAUCCCCGGCUGCCGCCACGUCAUCGCUUGGUGCCACGUCAGCACCACCCACGCCCGCGUCAGCAGCUGACGUGGCGACGCAGCAGCGGCUGCUCGAGCUGGCAGGGGCGAUGAUCGAGAGGAAUGCGCAGAGCGAGGGGGGGCUGCCAUCAGGUGAAGCGCUUCGCCUGUACGUGGAUUUGCUGAGACGGCAGCGCAAAGGCAAAGAGGUGGUGAGGGUGCUGCAAUGCAGCAUGGCUGCGCUGUUCACAAUCAAGUCAGAUCUAAUGCAGAUCCAGAGCGAGGUGCAGCAGGACCCGGCGCGCUUCACUGAUGCUGGCGCCACGUACAAGGAGCUGGUGGAUUUGAGGAAUCUCAGCAUGCCAACUUUCCUCAUCAUCUCAUCUCUCCGCUCUGUUUCCGCUGCCACCAAUAUGCGCAGUGAUGAUGACUGGAAGGCAUCCUUGUCGUAUUUGGAGUCGCUCAUGCUAACCCAGCUGCAGUCUUCCCUCUCCACUCCUCUCAACGAAGCUGAAGCAGGGGCAGGGGCAGGGGCAGGGGCAGGGGCAGGGGCAGGGGCAGGGGCAGGGGCAGGGGCAGGGGCAGGGGCAGGGGCAGGGGCAGGGGCAGGGGCAGGGGUAGGGGCAGGGGCAGGGGCAGGAGCAGGGGCAGGGGGAGAAGAAAGGGAAGGGGGGGAAAGAUGGGGAGGGCAAGAGGGAGAGACAGAGUAUGGCGAUGAAGGGGCAGGAGUAGGGGCAGGAGUAGGGGGAGGAGGAGGGGGAGGAGGAGGGGGAGGAGGGGGAGGAGGAGGAGGGGGAGGAGGGGGAGGAGGAGUGGGAGGGGGUGGAGUGGCAGGAGGUGCAGAGGGAGAAGCGGAUGGAGGGAAAGGAAGGAUAGAAAGAGGGGAAGAGGGAGGGGCAGGAGGGGGAGGAAGGGAAGGGGCCGGGCCACGAGAGGUGGCACAAGAGGAUGGAAAGGGGAAUGGCAGGGAGGCAACGGAAGCAGGGGAAAGGAGGAGUGGGCAGAGUGUGGAGAGGGAGGAGAAGGAGCGAGGGGGGGAGCAGGGCGAGGGAAAGGGGGAAGGAGUGGACAGUGAGGGCGGAGGGCAGCAGCAGCAGCAGCAGCAGCAGCAGCAGCAGAAGGGGGGCAUGCUGUGGCGCAGUGGUAGUGGCAGCAGGGGCAGGGCCAAGGUGGGCGCGGGGUUGGCUGGGAAAGGAGCUGGUGUGGGAGUGGGCAUGGGUAUCCCACGGUCGCUCAGUGACUCCCGCCGAUCCACCAGAGUGGCACCCCUGACGCCCACUGCUGCUGACGAUUCUGCUACCAGGGGCAGUGGUGGUCACGCUCACGGCGGCAGUUAUGAUGGUGGCAGAAACAGUGGUGGUGGUGGGGUGGGCCGAGCAAGGAGCGUGUGGGGGCCAGCGGGGCCGGGGGAGAGGCGCGAAGGGUGGGAGGCGCAGGGGGAGGGGUGGGGGAGGGGCGUGCAGCAGGGAGAGGUGGGGAGUGGGGGAAGCAAGAGGGCCGUGCACAUCACCUCACUACCCCUCCUUGCCCGCAUCACCCCCAUUGCCCGCAUCGCCGUCCGUGCCUGA